CUCUACCCUCGAAAUCGAAACUUGGGCCACCAGUCGUUCUUGCUUCGAUGGAAAUGCAGCGAAAAUGGAGGCGUCGGAUGGGACGACGGGGCUCGGAAGAAGCGUCGAAGAAGAUGCGUGAUGGGUCGACAAUCGCCUGUCGAAUGGGCGCGCGCAAUGCGGCAGCUUCAACGUCUGGGACAACGCUAGAGUAGCCUUGCACAGUAGUCAUGGUAGGAUUCUCUAUCGCAGUACAUGAUGCGCCCUCGACUCUACGUCAACGUCGUGGCUAUGGCGCGGCUGACAGGAGACAGCCGCGGUGAAAGUGAUAGGGUGCGUCGGUCGUGUGUUUGGAGGGACCCGGCCCGGGCCCAUGAAAACGGUGGCUUCAAGAAACGCACGACCAGAUGGUGCCGAGCUGCAAUUACAAGGGACCCGGGUGGGGUGCGUACUUAUGUCACGAGGGUAUAAAUUGCGCCGAAACAUUGCGCUCCGCGGCAAGCACCACGAUGGGCAACGUCUGCACCGCCUUCGGGUACGACCAAGCGCCGAUUGACGACGACGACUGGGACCGCCGGGUCGUCAUCGCGCCCCAAGGCGACCACGUCGCCACGGUCAUCUGGCUCCACGGGCUCGGCGACACGGGGCAGUCGUGGCAUCGCCACGUCACCACGCUGGGCCCGCUCGGCGGGGUCAAGUACAUCUUCCCGACUGCGCCGACGCGACGCGUGACGCUCAAUGGCGGCAUGCAGAUGCCGGCGUGGUACGACAUCCUCGGCCUUCGCCCACAGGACCGCGAGGACGAAGUCGGCAUCCAGCGCGCAGCCAACAUGCUCGCCAAGCUCAUUCAGGCAGAGAUCGCGCGGGGCGUUCCGCCGAGUAAGAUCGCGGUCGUCGGCUUUAGCCAAGGCGCCGCCGUCGCCAUGCACACGUGCUACCGCCUCUUGACGUUCCCGUUGGCAUGCGGCGUCUUCCUGAGCGGGUAUCUCCCGAUGGCGUCGUCGUUCCACGCCCGGUCGCCCAAUACGCCUGGCCUACAGUGUCAUGGCGCGAAGGACACGCUCGUGCCGUUGACGUUCGGCAAGCAGUCGAACGAGCUCCUGCACGCGCACGGCAUUGCCUGCGACUUCGUUGCGUACCCGGCGCUGGGCCACACGGUCGACACCGCCGAGCUCAACCGCGUCCAUGCGUUUGUGACCACGCAUCUGCAGAUUCUAAGUCGAUAACAGGCUGCCUCGAUUAAGCAUGCAGCGUUGUCUCGACACUACUUGGGAAUACACAGCUUAUGCAUCUGGUC